GUGAAACGUCUGAAAGGACACAGGUGCGUUGCACAUCUCUGGCAGGAUAAACUAGUCCCCAGAGAAGCUGCUGUCCACAUCCUGGAGUUUUACUCAUCCGGCCUGGAUCAAGACGAAAGAUGCUCAAGGUCCUGGUGCUCGCUGCCCUUUUGGUGUCAACCUUAGCUCUGGACGCAUGGGUCGAGUUGAAAGUGGUCCCCGCUAGCUUCGAGAUCAAAAGGGGGAAACCGGGCGACACUGCCGUGGCAUGGGGAUCCUUCGACAACAAGAUCAACGAAACAGGGUUUGGUUUCCUCGAGAUCUACACCAACGAGGUCUUCCCCGAUGAGUACCAGGCGUACGCCGCCGGUUUCUUGGAAGCCUACUUCACCAAAGACCUGGUCGCCAAGCACUUCAGCAACCAGUGGAGCGACUACUGCGACAAGGAAGCCGAGUACUGCGAGCGACUGUACGACUUUCUCAGCGCCAACCUUGACUUUAUGAACGAGCAGGCGGCAAAGUACCGCAAAACGGACCCCUACUGGCACCAGGUUGACUUGAUCUUGAAUCAGCUGGCUGGGCUGAACGACGGUCUGAAUCACACCAAGUUCUUCCCAAACUACUCCUACGUUAACGUCACAAACCUCCUACUUCUGAACGUGGACGGCGACCUGGAGGAUCUCGAGGUCGCCCUGAAGAGGGCCGUGCGGCAGGAGGUGACGGGCAGCGAUUCCUGCUCGGCGCUGGUCAAAGUGCUCCCCGGUGGCGAAGACCUGUACUUCUCCCAGGUCUUCUGGGGGCCGUACGCUGGCAUGCUGCACAUCCUCAAGAAGUACUCCUUCAAGUUCCACUCUACCUUCGGUUCCAGCGAACUUAUCCCAGGCCAUACUGUUACCUUCUCGUCCAGUCCAGGCAGAAUUUGCUCUGGCGACGACUUCUACCUGAUUUCUUCUGGACUCGCUACCAUGGAAACCACCAAUCUGAACUUCAACUCUUCGCUGUACAGCUACGUAAAACCCACGACUAACCUCGAGUAUGUGCGCAACAUCGCCGCAAACCGACUGGCAACGUCGGGUGAGGAGUGGGCAGACAUCUUCAGCAGAUACAACAGCGGAACAUACAACAACCAGUGGAUGGUCGUUGACUACAAGAAGUUCACUCCAGGCCAGCCCUUGCAGGACAACCUUCUCUGGGUCCUGGAGCAGCUUCCGGGCUACAUUUACAAGGAAGAUCUGACAAAGGUGCUGAGGAGGCAGACCUACUGGCCAAGUUACAACGUCCCGUACUCUGAGGUGGUCUUCAACAUGAGCAAUUGGCAGUCGAACCUGGAGAAAUUCGGCGACUGGUUUACGUACGACAAGACUCCGAGGGCGCUCAUCUUCAAGAGGGACAACGGCAAGGUCGUCGACAUGGAGUCUAUGAUCAAGCUGAUGAGGUACAACGACUACACGAGGGACCCAUUGUCUGCCUGCAAUUGCACGCCGCCGUACAGCGCCGAGAACGCCAUUUCGGCGAGGAGCGACCUGAACCCUGCCGACGGAGUGUACCCGUUCCAUUACUUGGGUCAUGAAUCCCACGGAGCCACCAACAUGAAGCUGACCAACAGCAGACUGUUCGCGGACCUGAUGUUCACCGCCGUGGCAGGCCCCACCUACGACCCGCUCCCGCCGUUUCGGUGGAGUACGUCAGGGUUAAAAGACCGCCACGACGGGCAGCCGGACCUGUGGCAGUUCACGCCCUUCACCCACAAGUGGGGCUCGGGAAGUAGGCAUCGGGGACCUCGUCGUAGGUCGCGCGAUGCGGAAAAGCCGAUUCGCAACAACUGCUCACGACAGAGUGCAUUAAAACUGCAUGGGGUGUCUUACGACGAGAGCCUGCCGACAGUCUAGGAACUAAGACCAGAGAUCUGACAAUCAAAUACUUCCCCGCCAUUUUUUGUUACAAAUUCAUGACCAACUCUAGAUUAGCCAGCCAUGUCUGCAGUGACGUAUCAUCGCACUGAAAGGGUCUCUUAUUAACGUAAAUGCCUUUGGCUCUUUCCACGUAAUUAAUUGCUCACAAUUCGUUAUCUGCAAUGAUACCGCCAAUAUAUUAGUUUUCCAAUUCCUUUUGUUGCCUAGAAAAAUAUGUUUAUAUAUCCCCACCACCGCCACAAUUGGACACUGCGGAAAGCGUUUGCUAUGCAGGAACUGCGAGCCUGUGCUCUAAAUUUCCUGACACUUUUGAAAACAUGUUUCUGCUUGAAGACAAACAUAAGAAAUGCUUAUUGGUAAGUAUUGUUAUUGGAGAUUGACACAAAGUGGGCAGUUUUUGAAUGCAGUGACCAAUUACACACGUAAUAAAAACACCGAUGAAUGAGAAAUGCUUUCAUACCGCUACCUACAACCGUGAAUUUAAAUGGGCCCACUAGGAGUGAAAUUUCGAAACGAAAUCGAAUUUCCACUUUGCGUUUUCGCGAGGUAUGCUUGUUCUAGCUAGAUUUAGCGGGUCACAAGCACCAUUCAUCUGCCGACCUCCCGUAGCGGCAGCGCCGAGAAGCUUGAGAGGAGGUCGUUUUGACUCUGUCGUCUGCUAUCGCUGCUUGGUUCUCGUGAACAGCAUAAGAACAAACAUUGUUUCCAGUAAUUAUUUUUAUGCUUCCGCUGUGUCAUUUCUAUGCACCGAUUAGAAGGAGGGUUCUACCGUCGAAAAAUCACUUUGCUUUCAUACAUCUGUUAACACCGAUUUUACACUGCACUUCACGAAAUUUUUGGUGGUCCGCGUGCUGAACGACGAAAACCACUGAUCUCUAUUGUAGUAGGCUGGAUCGCGAAUCAAGGCUUGUCUUGCUGGGGUGGGGUGGCACCCCCGGAAGCCAUCACUUGACAUCAGCUAAUGCACAGGACUCUUUGGGGAAAACGAGAAAAAGAGUCAUUUCCGCCGCUGCUAAGCUUUUGUUGACACUGAAAUUGUUGGGCUGCUGUUCAGGAAGCCAACCAAAUAGCUUCUGCACAAACAUUAAAACUGACAUCUCUCACAGUUUUUAUAAAUGUGCGCCCAAACGGAAAAGAGUGUGGGCGCGACUGAAAAUGGCCAAUUCUCGACCGUCUGUUUUCGGGGGGAAAGAAAACGAAUUCUGAUACGCAAAUUAUGUUGCGGGUGGUUGGCCCCUUUAGAAGUCACAUUCAAAUAAAAACCUCGGCGAGCAUAAAUACUCUGUCGGUGUCCCUUUAAUCGGGAGAGCUGUAGCAGCACGAGUGGUUUUACUGCACCCACUGCGGUUACAACAAAUCAAAACAGUACACGGAAGAACGCUAUACCGUAAAAUACCAAGCAAGCUCCCACUCAAAAUUUGAAUACAGUAGCGACAAAAGUGGGAAUGGGCGCCAGUGAGGUCAUCAAUUUUACAUAUAAAUGUGCUGUGCAUAUAUUAUCUGAUGUUUCUAGUUUUAGGGGUGGGCGCUUAGUGCGGAACGGGUGCCAUGCACGGUAUUCUACGGUACUCCGUUUCACAUUUAGUUCAAGCGCUAUUAACGCUGACGCCUGCCAAUGAGGCCAAUGAACCUUCUCGAAAAGCGCUAGAUCACGGCAGUUUUCGUGUUUCUGUGCAUGCUAUCGCCAACUAAUCCAAUUACGUGCGAAGAAUACAUCGUCACAUCGAGUUUUAAGUCAGUGCAUUUGUGCUCGUAUUUCAACAAGUUUUUUGGCCCGCUUUCACGUGCCUGCAAUCAAAUUGCGAAGGCUAGAAAUCAAGGAAUCGAAAUGAACAGAUGUGCCACGAAGGAACCCAUCUGCAAACAGAAUCAAGUGUUGUCACUAACAUGAGAGCUGC